CUUUUCAACUCCACCACCUACAUACAUAAGUCAAAAAAGUCAGGAGAAAACUACGCAAACUUGCGUUUUUGAAGAAAGUGCAACAUCACUCUCAAAUCUCAAUGGUUGAUUCCACUCCUCCAACUUCAACUAUUUCUUCUAAUGGCACCGCCACUUCUUCUUGUUUCCGACGAACGGUUACUUUAUACGAUUGGUGGCUCGUUAAAUCAUCCCAAGGAAACAACCACCGUUUAGCCAUCUCUGGCAUCUCAUCCAGAAAGGAAGAAGCAGUUCAGUUUUUUGUUUCCGCUCCUAUUAUCAAAAGAUAUGAUGUGUUUUCCCUUGAGACUGCCGAUGGUAUAUAUGUUAUCACUAGGGGUUUCAUGAACGAGCAGCGCACGCUGGAAAAUGGUUUUACUCCUCAGAUUUCAAAGAUUUUUUUAUAUGGUUUUCCUCCAAACUGGGAAAGCUAUGCUCUAGAAUGCAUCGGAGAAGGAUCUGAAGCUGAUAUUGAUUCGGCCAAUGCUAUUCCGGAUAAUGUAUCUGCAAUUUGUCAAGAAAUCUUGUCUGAUGGUGAGGAAAAUUUCAGUCCUACUUCGUUGGUGUUGCCUGACGAGGCCCUGGGAAAAUGCAAGAAACCAUUCGCUACAAAAGAAUGCAAAGCCUCAAAGGAGAUGAGUGGGAUUGAUGUUACUUAUGGUAGUGGCGAAAAUAGACAUAGUACCAGGUUACGUAAUAUUAAUGUUUUUCAGCGGAAGCAGCAACCUGCAUAUAGAGGUCCUCGCAAGCAUCCAAAUAAAAAACAGAUCUCUACCUCAACAGAAGUGGAAACUUGUGAUUCAGACACUGCUAUUUCUGAAAAUGUAUCAGCAAAUCUUCCAGAAAUACCAUCAGAUGCUGUGGAGAAGUCUUUUCCUACUUCUUUGGUAUCACCGGAUAAGACCAUAGGAGAUUGCAAUAAGGCAUUCCUCGAAGAUGAACGGGACAUGUCAAUUAAGAAGUGUGAGGUCAAUGUUGUUCAUGGUAGUGGCAGGAAUAGAUGUAGUGCCCGGUUGCAUAAUGUUAAACUCUGCCAGAAGAAACGGCCUGUUACUGGAGAUCCUGCAACACAUCCAGAUAAAGACCAGAUCUCUGCCUCACCAGCCUUGGAAAAGAGUGACGGAGGACUGGAAAGUCUUAUGACACCCAUUCAGUCACAAAAGGGAAUAGUAAACACAUUGUCUGGGCAGGUUACUGAUAAAUUCAGAUCCAGAAUUCCCAAAACUUUUUCAUCAAAGACUGAAGGUUGUUAUAAGAGAAAAAGGGUGACAUUUGAAACAGAAGCGGUUGGACCUAAGAGAAAAAAUAUUAAACCCGCAUCUUCUGUAAAAUCUUCACAAGGAAGGGAUAUAAGUCACUCGAACAAGGGGAGUACACAAAGAUUAUCCACAGUUUCUCCAGAGUCAUUGGGUCUCAAAAAAUCCAGAUCUGGAAGGUGGCUUCUACCUCGCUUAGAGUUUUGGCGCAAUCAAACACCUAUUUAUAAUAUGGACCGUGAGAUUAUAGAAAUUCAGGAAGGCUAGUCCUUUAUAUCACCUUUUAGAGGCUAUUCACCAUCAUUGGGUUGGUCUGUUAAAAAUGAGCGGAAGAAAAGAGUUUGUACUGAGAGCAAAUGCAGAAGUUAUAAAUAGUGAAGACUGAAGUAUGAAGUGUGCAAGGGAAGGAAUUAAUUAGGGUAGAUUACAACAGAACAGAUAAAUGGUAUAUAAUUAACAUGGCAGAGAUUUGGGCAUAAUGGAGAUGUGAGUAGGUAGCUAGGUGUAUGUAAGAAAAAUGGAGUAGAGCCAUUGCAGAUCCUUGUUGUUCGGUCUCUUUUUCCCUUUCUAUCUUGUGUUUUGUUCUUGACUCUAGAGGAUUCUCUUCCACUGUAUGGAGCUGAGCUCCCUUGGUUAGAUAAAUAACACUCUUUGAUUUUUAGUUUA